UACAGAUUGCGUUUAAAAACCCCUCUCACCCUCUCUGAGACUGACAGAUCUGAACUGGUAGGUGAGGAGAAGAUUUCAACAUGUGGAUGUUUUGCAAAAAUACCUGUUUGUAGUUCACACGGACCGUAAGAGUUCUCAUCUCUCAUACCAAAGCCAAGAUUUGUGUUUUGAAAUAGACAAAAGUCAACAACAAUGAGUUUGGGCAGCACCAGUACAGAAUCUGAAGUUUCAGAGGAUGAGAUGGAAGAUUGUCCUUUAGGUCAGGAUGACGACUGUGACGACGAAAGCCCCGGAAAGCUUCGUUCAGAGCGCUCAAUGUCAUCCGGCCCAAGUGACACGGAGGACGUCAAAGCAGUUAAGAGCCGUACUCGGCCCAAGAGGUCCAAAGCACGGAGAGUCGCUGCCAACGUCCGAGAACGGAAGCGCAUCCUGGACUACAACCAGGCCUUCAAUGCAUUGCGCACUGUCCUCAAACAUGAUCUUAACGGAAAGCGCCUGUCCAAGAUCUCCACGCUCCGCCGUGCCAUCCACCACAUUUCAACUUUGUCUUUGUAUCUGAGGACACAUUCGACCACAGAACCACACGCACCUCCGUGUACCCAUAUGGAGUGCUACCGGCAGCCGGAAGAGAACAGUUCCCUGUCUGGGAAGACCGGAACUUUCCAGGAACCGAUGGAUAACUACAUUCCUCAUCAGCCGGAGCUCACAGUCUCUACAGAGAUGUAUCAGGACUCAUCAAACUCGACACCAUCUCAAAACUACAACCACUGCGCAACCAACAGUCAGGGACAUUUUGGUCACCGCUGGGAGGACCAAAGCAGUGAUUGCUACAGUGGAGGACCUGGAUAUCAACAUGGGACAAGGGUCACCUGUCAUCAGAACCACAUGGAAACUUAUGCAGAUUCUGCUAACCCAUCUCUGGCUCUGCAGCUGAGUUACCUUCAAUGUCAUGGAUACCAGCAGUUUCUGAGUAUGCACUAACUUUUCUUAUGCUAGUUAUGGUGAAACGCAUUAGAAUUUUUGUUUAAUAUAAUAGUGUACGUUAAGAGUAUUUUUGGAUGCAUUUCUCAGGUUAAAAAAUAUACUGUAUAUUAC